GAGAGGCCUAAGCCUAAUGAGGUCUACAUGAAAAAGACAAGUUAAUACCACCUGUGUCCCCUGCCAUCAAACAGACAUGCUAAAAUUAAAAAACUGUUUUUUAUUUGUUUUCAUCACAGUGCUGACUUUGACAGAUUUUGUCCGUCACAUUGAAGUAGCCUAAACUAAAAAAAAAAACGCCACACGCAGCAUAUCAGUGACGUAAUCGCGUUGACAGCGCCGUUUCCAAUGGCAACAAGGUGCACUACCAGUGUUUAGUGUGGUUUCUCAAGUUAGGCCUAUGGAUUGUCUUACAGAGAGUGAAAUAUCCCAGAUAGCGAGGCAGCAGAGAGAUGUGGGUUUGCAGAGGCUCAGCUCUCACUUCUCUUGGUCCGAGUUCUGCGAUGAACGGUGCUGCUUCCAUCAGGACUUCGUGUAUGAUGUCGCCAUGUUCGCCGCAGCUUGUGGCUUCCCCUGGCCUGACGUUAUCCAAGCAGCUGUGAUGGCUAAAGGCAUCUUUCCGAAGCUGGAAGGUCUCGACGUACCUGACCUACUGUCCUUGUUGGGAGCUGCACUGUCUGAGUGUUCACUAAACAUAACCUCAGUCCAGCGGCACGAGUUCACCAGCUUCCUCACAAACGCCUGUGUCACGCGUCGGAGGCUCCUCCAAGCGGUGGUGGGCGGAGCAGUAGGCGUGUCCGUAACUCGGCUACACUUGGAGGUGCAGUUGCCACCGACACCUUGUGCUCUGACACAGGGAACAGAUCUGCACGAGUGGGAGCAUCAGCGUCGACAAGCUCAGCUCACCUCAGUGUUACAACAGAAGCUGGAGGAGCUGAGGGCGCUCCGAGACGGGUCGAGGGUCCGCCUGGGGGAGGUCACUGUUCCAGAGGAUGAGGAUUUGGACGGACAGGGGGUUUUGGCGCUGGUGCGUACAGCAGUGAGGGCCACAAAAGACCAGAUGCUGCAGAGUCUGACCCAAGAGGCCUCCCUGCUCAGUGACAUCCAGCAAAUCAAACUGCAGCAGGCGGCAUUGGCCACUAGGAGGCUCCAUAAUCCUGCUCUUCACAACACAGGUCAAAUCAGCUCAAAUCCAUGUGCAUCACUGAAGGACUUCAAAGUGGAACUGAGAGAGAGUCAUAAAGUUCUGUGAGGACAGGAAGUAGCAUUUCACCACCACCAAGCAGGUUCAAGUCUGACCUGCAGGUCAUUUCAUGUCAUUCCCCACCGUCUCCUAAUCUCCUACCCUACCCACUGUCCUCUCUUCAAUAAAGGAAAAAAGCCCAGAUAUUAAUUAAAAAAAAAAAAAAAAGCUCUUCUAUUCUAAAGAUUAAGGUCUCAGUGAAAUGAACCAUAUAGAUGAUGCACUUUUGUUUCUCUGCAGAUUGUGUGCAUGUUCAUGUCAGUGUUUACAGGAGGCCACCAGGGGGCGCUAGAUGACAAGAAAUCCACAAAAUCAGAGGACUUGCCCCCUCUGUUCCUAGCACUACCUGCACGACUAAUGACAAAAAAAGAAACACUCAGUUUGCAUGUUUUCUUAUACUUGUAUUAUACUAAUAAAACAUUUUCGCUGUUAUUUUAAUGUUUUUUUUAACACAGACUCGACAUUGUGACAUGUCCAGGGGAA